CUCUUCCUGAACUCACUCUGUCGUUGGCGUUCGCGUUGACUGGCCAGAGUCCGCGAGCUGAACACUCAUUUGAUCCACCACUUUCCUCUGCCUUUUUUCUUUUUUUUCUCUCCCAUCUCUGCAGAUAUUCACCCAUUCAUUUCUAUCCUGCACUCUGGACUUGACUGUUAAUCUCCCAGCCCAUCGGCCCCUGGUUUCUUCUCCCCACUUCCUGAUCUGAUUCUGACAUCUGAUUGGCCAUGGCAUACCAUAGCUUCCUGCUGGAACCAAUUAGCUGCCAUGCCUGGAACAAAGAUCGGUCCCAGAUCGCCCUGUGCCCCAACAACCAUGAAGUCCACAUCUACAAGAAAGAUGGGACCAAGUGGACCAAAAUCCAUGAGCUGAAAGAGCACAAUGGGCAGGUGACAGGUAUUGACUGGGCUCCCGACAGUAACCGCAUAGUCACCUGUGGAGCUGACCGUAAUGCCUAUGUGUGGACCCUGAAAGAGGGAACAUGGAAGCCCACCCUGGUCAUCCUUAGGAUUAACCGUGCUGCUCGCUGUGUGAAAUGGUCACCAAAAGAGAACAAGUUUGCUGUGGGCAGUGGCUCAAGGCUCAUCUCCAUCUGCUACUUUGAACAAGAAAAUGACUGGUGGGUGUGUAAGCACAUCAAGAAGCCGAUCCGCUCUACCAUCUUGAGUUUGGACUGGCAUCCUAAUAACGUCUUGCUGGCCGCUGGAUCCUGUGACUUUAAAUGCAGGGUGUUUUCAGCCUACAUAAAGGAGGUGGAGGAGAAGCCUGGCCCUACUCCUUGGGGCAGCAAGAUGCCAUUUGGUGAGGUGCUGUUUGAGUCUGGAGGAUCUGCCACUCAGACUUCAGGGGGAGGAGGUGGUGGUUGGGUGCACAGUGUCUGUUUUUCACACUCUGGCAACCGCCUGGCCUGGACUUCCCAUGACUCCACAGUGUCUGUUGCAGAGGGAGGCAAGACGGGCACCGUGAGCAGUCUGAGCUCCGAGACCCUUCCUCUACUGUGUGUUACCUUCAUUACUGAGAACAGCAUAGUAGCUGCUGGCCAUGACUGUUACCCGGUGCUGUUUGUGUAUGAUGGCGCCAAAGGCACUUUGACAUUUGGGGGCAAGCUGGAUGUUCCCAAGCAGGCAGCUCAGAAGGGCAUCAGUGCCAGGGAACGUUUCCAGAACCUGGACCGCCGGGCCUCAGAGAACCAGGGCACUGAAAAAGACCUGAACACGCUCCACAAGAACAGCAUCAGCCAAAUCUCUGUGCUGGAAGGAGGAAGAAACCAGUGUGGCAAAUUCUGCACCACUGGCAUGGAUGGAGGGAUGGGCAUCUGGGAUGUCAAGACUCUGGAGUCUGCUAUGAAGGACCUGAAGAUCGUGUGAGCUGAAGUUUAUAUUCCCAUCACCAAACUGUGACUGCUUCUUGACUCAUGAAGAAAACCGUUGCCUUCUUACACAAAGCUUCUUAGCUAUAUUCUUUUUUUUUAACAUAUAUAAACAAGUUCAACGCUCAGACUUCAGGUCAAACAGAGUUUGAAAUCCAUAUGAAGCUUUUUGCUGGGUCUGUUCAUUUUUAUAAAGAAGGGCUGACCUCAGGUCAGUAAAUGGUACUUAGUGAGUUAGAUUAGUACAGUCACAAAGAGCUAAGGCUGAGCUAAAUUGCUUCAAGCAGCUAUUUUAUAUUAGUCACAGUAAAAGACUGCAAUACUUAUUAAAAGCUUAUGCUGGUCAUAAUAUGCAUUUAAUAAAUGACUGUUACAGAG